CAACCAACACAGGCACUUGCAAGUUAUCAGUGGUAAAUCACACGCACUUGCAUGUAUCCUUGCAGUAUUUUCCCCAAGAUGUUUAUUUAUUUAUUUAUUUUCCUUUCUGUGAUUUUAUUUGCAUGAUCUAUCUAUCUAUAUAUACAUUUGCUUUACAAGUAUUUUUUUUUUUCUCGAUGGAUAACUGCAUCAUGUAAAGUCAUAUUCCAAAACGUCGCCUCUUUUUCCCUUCUUACAGAUCAUCAAGUUGCUAACUGGACUGUUUCAGGGACAAGGAUAGAUUUUUUACGAUACUUUUUUGAUGGAGAUUUACGCUCAUUCACUCCUUUAUUGUUGCUGACUUUUUAACCCCUUGUUAGCCACGCUGGACUGCUUGAUGUGACAGAAUACUGUUUUAUGGACAAAACAACAACAACAACAAAAAAAAAACCCUGUUGAAGAAUCAAGAUAAUGGCAUACCACUUUUUAAAUGGUGUGUGCGGUUCACUUUACAGUAGGAAAUGUGUCGGAAUUCACUCUGGUGUGCAGGGAGAGCGGAAAGAAUGAAGACUCCAGGUCCCCAGUGGAGACAUGAUAUAGCAGUGUGGUGCUGUUGCUGAACUGCUCUCUCUGAUGGCUCUAUGGGAGUGGAUAACAUUAAGCCUCCAUUGCUGGGUUUUAGCUGCCGCCUUGGUUUCAGAUCAGCAUGCAAGCGGCCCCCUCGACUGGCUCCUUUCAGACAAGGGACCCUUCCAUCGUUCGCAGGAAUACACUGAUUUUGUGGAAAGGAACCGGCAGGGAUUCACUACCAGAUACAAGAUAUACAGAGAAUUUGGUCGCUGGAAGGUAAAUAACCUAGCAGUUGAAAGAAGAGAUUUCCUUGGCUCACCUUUACCCCUUGCCCCUGAAUUCAUCAGGAACAUCAGACUGUUGGGACGCAGACCAAGCCUUCAACUGAUCACUGAAAAUCUUAUCAAGAAAUACGGGACCCAUUUCUUACUGUCAGGGACAUUGGGAGGAGAAGAGGCAUUGACCAUAUUUGUGGACCAGCGGAAACUGAGCAAAAAGUUGGAUGUGAGCGACUACAUCACGAAUAGCUCUUCAGUCUCACUGGAAACUCUUCAUCAGCUAGCUGCCUCUUACUUCAUUGACAGGGAGAGCACACUUCGGAAGCUGCAUCACAUUCAGAUUGCCUCCACAGCUAUCAAGGUAACUGAAACUCGUACUGGUCCCCUUGGAUGCAGUAACUAUGACAACCUUGACUCUGUUAGCUCUGUUCUGGUUCAGAGUCCUGAAAACAAAGUCCAUUUGCAAGGUCUGCAGGUCAUUCUCCCAGGCUAUCUGAAGGGACGCUUUGUGCAAGCUGCUCUCAGUUACAUUGCCUGUAACACAGAAGGUGGAUUUAUCUGUAAGGGCAACGACUGCUGGUGCCGGUGUGACCACAGCUUCCCAGAAUGCAACUGUCCUUACAUGGACAUUCAAGCAAUGGAGGAAAGCUUGAUUCGAAUAAGUGAGGCUUGGGCCACCCUCUACAAGGAGUUUGAAGAUGCAGAUGAGUUUAAAAUGUUUCUGAAAAGACUACCACAGAACUAUUUCCUGAACAUCUCAACGUUACAACACCUAUGGUCAAUGGACUCUGGCUUUCAGCGGCGGUAUGAUGUGCUUGAAAACAGCAUGAAAGCUCUCUACAGUAAGGCACAAAGAGUUGUCUACAAGCUCUUCGCUCUUAGUAAAAGGUGUCAGAAACAGCCCCAAGUCGCUCUGACAAGAGAGAGACCGCUGACCUAUUGGUUGAGAUAUAUUCAAUCAUUGCUUUACUGCACAGAGAACAACCAAGAGGGGUCGUUUUCUGAAGAAACUCACAGCUGCCUUUGUGCCUAUGAUCACAGUUCCUGUCAAGUGACCAUUCCAUGUGCAAUAGGAGAAGGGCAAGGCUGUGCAGCCUGUGCUUCUGACAACCACACCCGCUGUGGCAACUGCAACCCCGGGUAUAUGCUGAGCCAGGGGACCUGUAAACCUGAGGUGGCUGACUCAACAGAAAACUACCUUGGAUUCGAGACAGACCUACAGGAUCUUGAAUUGAAAUACCUCUUGCAAAAAACCGACAGAAGACUUGAGGUCCAUGCCAUCUUUAUCAGCAAUGACAUGCGCCUCAACAGCUGGUUUGACCCUUCAUGGCGGAAACGCAUGCUCCUCACCCUCAAGAGCAACAAGUACAAGUCCAACCUUGUUCACAUGCUUUUGGGUAUAUCCAUUCAGAUUUGUCUCACGAAAAACAGUACUCUAGAGCCUGUGCUGGCUUUAUAUGUCAACCCUUUUGGAGGCAGUCACUCUGAGAGUUGGUUUAUGCCUGUUAAUGAGAACAGUUUUCCUGACUGGGAACGGACUAAGGUUGAACCUCCCCUGGAGUGUUACAAUUGGACCUUAACUCUAGGGAACAAGUGGAAAACGUUUUUUGAGACUGUUCACAUCUACUUGAGGAGUCGUAUCAAGGAACCUGAUGUUAAUGGCAAUGACAGCGUUUAUUAUGAACCUCUGGAGUUUAUGGAUUCAUCAAGGAAUUUGGGCUACAUGAAAAUAAACAGCAUCCAGGUGUUUGGUUACAGCAUGCCCUUUGAUCCAGAAGCUAUUCGAGAUCUGAUUUUACAACUCGAUUACCCCUAUACUCAGGGAUCGCAGGAUUCUGCUCUGUUGCAGCUGCUGGAGAUUCGAGACCGUGUUAAUAGACUGUCACCCCCUGGUCAGCAGAGCUUGGACCUCUUCUCUUGCCUGCUUCGUCACCGACUCAAACUGGCCACCAGUGAGGUGAUGCGGAUCCAUUCCUCUUUGCAGUCUUUCAAUGCCAGAUUGCCAAACUCUGUGAAUUACGAAACAACAAAAUUGUGUGGUUAACCUGACAGCUGAAGCCCGAUGUAAGAAACAUGAUGUCAAUAAAUGGAGACGGUUCCAACUUAUAUAUGUGAAAACUGUUUGAGGAGAUCUGUACUGUAUGUGUGAAAAAAAAGAAGAAAAAAAAACUUUUACCAAUCUGUAAAAAACGUAUACAAAUAGUCCAAAUAACACCACUAAAUAUAGUGCUAAGUAAUUAAAAAAAAUAGAGACCAAACAACAGUAACUUCCACUUUUAAAUACAUUUGUUUGUACUUUUUAUAUGUUCUGUUGCAACCAUGAUGAUAUGCUUUCCAUCAUAGGUGAAGACAUAAAGUGUUAUCAGUAAAGUUUUGUAGAUUAACUAUUAUUAUUAAAAAAUAAAAUUGAAAAACCAUGGUGUGAUUGUUUUUUGAAAAAAGGAUUUUACUGCGGUGAAUGCUAUAAUGAAUAAUAUUUGCUAGCCAUACAAAAACAUUAGACUCUCAAGUCAGGGAUUUUAUUAUUCAUUGACAAGAUGCCUAAAGGAAGAUUUGAUUUGCUGAUUAAAUAAAAAUGUGUCUCCAGUGAGUUGUAACUUCAUUUUCCUGCAAGCUCAUUUGAUUGUAUAUAGAAUUGUAUACAAAAUGAGUUAUGGUUGCCAUUCCCCAGUUCAAUUGGUCAAGUGCAUCCCAUACGGUCCUAAUUGGAUGGAGAUGUGGCAAUUGGAAUGGCCUGGAGGGUGUUUUAAAAAAAAAGACCCUUACUGUGCUUUACAAAUCGAACAAACACACUUGUCCAAUGAAUAUGGUCAGCAACUCCUAUGAAAAAAAUACAUAAUGCAAUUCAAGGCAGAAGUGAAUCUGCCGUGAUAUUCAGGCAUGACUAGCCUAUAACUUUGGCCUACCAAAUACUUAUCUCAGAUCAGCUAAGCGCUGAUGUGCAAGGCUAUCCCAAAACAAAGAAAAAAAGGGCACUCAUGCUCUUGCUAUUAGUAUUAGACACUCCUGCACAUACUCAAUGUAAAAACACUCCAAUAACAUUAUACAGUACUGUAAUAUUAUUGUGCUACAAUUCCAUUUCUACUUCAGAUACCAAGGAUGCUUCAAUGUGAGUGAGGAACAGAGUGAGGUAACAGUCUACAAGCACAACAGGUUAGGGGAUUUUGUAGUGGAGGUUUAUGUUAAAUGAAUUGCUUUAACAACCAAUAGAAUAUUAGCAAAAGCUGGGAAGAGUCCGUCACCCCAGCAACCAGUGGCAGCACUCAGUCAAGGUGAGUUAAAAUGUUUGUGGAGAUGAAAAAAAUAUGUCGGCUUAUCUAGGAAUUUACCAAAUACAACUGACGGAGGUGGAGCAUGACGACAAAAACAGAUUGUGAUGGCCUUCUGUUAUGUGACUGUAAAUUCCUCUGGUUUGUAUGGUGUUUUGUGUUGAAUAAAAUUGUAUGUAGAAUGGCAUUAAUUAAUAUCAACAAUGACUGUAACCUUUUUAAGUAGUCCAUUUUAAAAUCUACAACAGAAUUAGAUCUGAUCACAAGUUCUGUAUGAUUAAUGUGUAAAGUUAUAUUUCUGCUUAUGUUAAAGCUUCACCUCAAAUCUGUAAUACAUGAAACAAAAAUACAGCACAUUUCCCAAAUAUAAACAUGCUGUAUAAGGAGAUUCAAAGUAAGUAUCCGUGUUAGCUUGUUGGGUCUGCAAACAUGUAUGCAACAUUUUUAGGGGAAGGUACUGUACGAUCUGUCAUUCUCGAUGGCUAACCAACCAAGGCACGUAAAUAUAAACUAUGACCAUUUUGCAUUUGUUCAUUACAUUUUAAUUACAUUUCUGAUAGAUUUCAUAGACCAAAACAAACAUAUAUACAGCUUGCAAGCACAUCUGAAUCCCGACCUACAGUCACCACUGCUUUUCAGUUAUGGGAUUCCCUCAUGCAGGGACUGAUAUGUGUGCUAAACAUGUGAUGGUUUUGUGUUAUGAGCUAAUUUUGAGACCAAAACUAAAUUCAAUUGGACUUGAAAGGCAAUUAAGUUCACACUUAACACACUGAAGAGUGGGUUUGAGAAAGAAAAAAAAUAUAACAGUGAACAAGAGAAAACAAUCUUCAUCUUAUACAUCAAUGUGAAGCAGCUAUAUUACCUGCAUUAAGAGCAAUAUUCCACAGAGAGAUCAAUACUAAUCUGGAAACGCUUCUCCUGCAAGAAACUGUUGGCUUGUGUCUGCCUCUUUCCUGCUGAUAUCAAUUUAGAUUUAUUAAACAACGUAUGUUUUCUGAUUGAUGUAGCUUAUAUAAACACAAAUCAAUUUUGAAUUGUACUUCCAAAGCUGAUGUACUGCCAAAUUGCACCUUCCAGUCUUUGUUUUGCCUGCCAGAUGUACAGUAGUGAUCUCAGGAUUUGAAGGCCCAUAGAGUUUAAUCUGAAAAAUCAGUAUCCCAGUCAAAGUGUCCAAUGGUACUUAUGUUAUCAUCUUUGAUGCUGUUGAUAUCUGAUGAUAAACACAUCUAUAUUUUUAUUGGAAAAGCAUAUCUCCAUUUUGUGAACAGAUCAUUCCCAUCGGGAGGUACCUGUGAAACACAGGAUAUUUUACAGCAGAGAAAGCUCAGUGUUCUGCCCUAGCUUUCAUUUUUACCGUAAUGAGCACGCCUGGGUUAGGAUGAAGACUUCAAACCCCCCAAUGAUGAUGUAGCCACUGUGUUGAAUGUGAAGCAUAAACGUUCCACAGACAUUUUUUCCAAAGAUUGAGUGAUUCCAUGAGCAGUUAAAUUGCCACUUUUAAUAUUACAUUUCAGUGUAUUUACAUAAUUUUACUACCAUUAGAAAGAUGUUUAAGUUGGUAUAUUAACGGUGGUAUAUUGACGAUGAUUUAAUGAACUGUGAUGGGCUCUCAGGGCUUGAUGACUGUGAUGGGCGCUCAGGGCGGGUGCUCGACAGCUACCUGCGCGAGGCCGGCUAGGAAAAACAUCAACGAUAUCAUGCAUCCCAGUGCCACAGAUGGGAAGUGGCUAUGGGCCACCUCCCCCCGGGACGAGGCAUGCUGCAAGGUGUGGCUGCGGAGGAGGAAGCCGCCAAAACAAAAGAAGCGCCACAGGAGAAUAACAGAUGGAGCAUUUAUGCUCUUGCUGAUGACAUGUUGGUUAGGGGCGGAUUCUCCUUCCAGAAAAGCAACCAAGUUUACAAAUCUGUUUUAAUGUCCAUAUUACAUGACAAUAAAGUUCCAGAAUAUUUUAAUGUGAAAGGAUAUUUUCCUGUUUUUUUCUUCCGUCAGGUCUUAACUUCACAAAAGUAUUUUUUUACAUCUAUUUAUUCAACUCUUGUUUUGUCUCAUCUGC